AUGACCGAUACCGGACCAUGUUUAUUCCUAGUAUUCGUCAACGAUCUUGCUAGUAUACCACAGUCCAACUGCUUUUUGUUUGUAGACGAUGUCAAAAGCUUGAAGGAUAUAAUGACAGUGGGAGAUCACACAGCACUGCAGAGCGACCUCGAUAGGUCCUAUAUGUGGUCAUCCGAAAACCGGCUCCAAUUCGGCUUGACAAAAUGUAAAGUCACUAGCACAGGCCAUCAGUUUACAAAUGGAUAUCGACUUGGGAGCCAACAGUGGCAACGUUCGCCCAAGAAAAGCAACCGCAAAGUUAUGGUGCAGGAUGGGAAUGACGUUCAAAACAGACCGAAAAUGCAUCGAGAAUGCUCAUUCUGCACCACUAAC